AAGCAUAACCAUUAGCCUCUCUUGUUUCUUCAUCUUCCAAACAUGACAAAAGUUGCAAAACUAACAAAACUUAAGUCGGUGCUGAAGAAAUGGAACACCUUCACCUAUUACAAUAACAACAACAAGCACAACCGCUCUGACAUCAGAGCGGUUGUAAACGAGGAUGAGUCAUGUAUGUUAUCGGAACAAAGCCUUCGCCCCGUGUUUGUGGGAAAGACGAGACGUAAAUACCUUGUUAACUCCGAUGUUGUUGGACAUCCGCUGUUUCAGGAGCUUGUGGACAGGUCUCGCAGCUCGGUCGAGGUAAAUGGUGACGAUGAUACGGUUAAUGUGGCUUGUGAGGUUGUCUUGUUUGAGCAUAUGUUGUGGAUGAUCGAGAAUACUGAUCCUCAACCGGAAUCACUGGAUGAACUCGUUGAUUAUUACAGUUGCUAGCUGUGUUGUGUUUUGGUUGCAUUUGUUUGUAACAAUUUUAAAGCAAAUGAUCUUGCUUGA